AUGAAGAAAAACAACAACAAAAACAACAACAACGUCUUUCACAUCAACAACGAAGAUAUAGACAGCAACAUUAAUGACAACAGCGUUAACAACAUCAAGAGUGUCGGCAACAUUGUUGAAAGUGUUGACGUCGGCAACAACACAUCAGCAACGAUGGUUUACCUACCAAAACUCCAAAACAUUCUUUUAGCCAGGACAAAGAAUCAACGCCAACAACACCAGAUUCAACAGCAACAACACCAGCUUCAACAACAACAACAUUUGCUACAACAUCAACCCAACAAACAUUCGUCAAUGAAACAGUACACGACACAUGAUUGGUUGUUCGUGUGUCACAUGACCAUCAAAGCUGGCGUUGGACAACAAAUUGAAGUUGCUUUGUUGACAUUUAACUUGACAUCUUCUACAAACAGCAGCACCAACAACAACAUCAACAUCAACAACAACAUCAACAAUAAUAUUAACAACAACAUGGUUGCUGGAGGAACGGCAUCCCAAAACAACGAAACAACAAAAAUAAAACCAUCCAAGUUACUGAAGAGGACAAAUGCAACAACGACCAGCUCCGAUAAACCGUGCGUCCUCCACAUUUACAUACACGAUGUUUCAACAAGUGGGUUGAAUCACGUGACUAAUUUUUCCACCUGUCAACAUGCAUGGAGACAUAGAAGCUUGUUGACAAGCGAUCAUUCAUCCAUCCACCUCUCCAUCCACGUCAACGGCAGCAGAGUGAUCCCUCCCAUUUUCUCUCCCUCUUCAUCCCCAACGGCACAUCCACUCGAUGGCAACUCCCUCAGAGAAUCUCCAUUCCUAUAUUUGUCGAGCCGAGCACCAAUUUUACGAGACUACACAAUGUUUGAAGUGGCUCAUAAAAAAGAAAAAAAAGUUAUACUCAUUACAAAGGCACUAUAA